AUGGCGGCACGCUCGCGGCGCCACCUCUUGCCACUCGAGACGCGGUCUUGCAGUGAUUCUGGUGACACGCCGUUGUCUUUUACUACCUCCAUGGAGUGGGACACUCAGGUGGUGGAUGGGUCCUCCCCUCUAGGUCCUUCCGGGACUAGGGUGGAGAUGUCACUCGUCGACCUGCCGCCUCCUGAGUUUUUGGAACCAGAGAGGUGUGCCGUGUUCCACUGUGCGCAUUGCCACGCAGUGCUCGCCGACACCGUGCAUCUCGCCUGGGAUCUGUCGAAAUCUCUCGGGGCCGUGGCUUUCUCCCGAGUCACGAACAACGUCGUUUUGUUAGAGCCCUUUCUGGUUGGCAUUGAAGGUUCUCUCAGAUGCAGCACAUACAACCUUCUGUUCUGUAAUUCCUGUGGGGUUCCUGUUGGUUUCCAUCUGUAUUCCACCCAUGCUGCUCUGGCUGCCCUGAGAGGUCACUUCUGCCUUUCCUGUGAUAAAAUUGUGUGUUACCUCUUAAAAACAAAGACCAUAGUAAAUGCAUCUGAGAUGGAUUUUCGCAAUGUGCCUCUACCAGAAAAGAUUGCAGAGCUGAAAGAGAAGAUAAUGGUAGUGCAUGCUCGUUUAAAUUCACUGAUAGAGAUUCUGAAGGAAAUGACUCCUGAUCCGUCUAAUCAAGAAAAGUGAAGAAACAGGGAUAAGACAGUAUCCACACCUAUGGUGAGGAUUAAACGAAUUAAAGAAUACUCAACAACUGUUUACCCCCUGAAGAAAAAAAGAAACUGAAUGCUGUCCUAUGAAAUCAACCCAGGUAGUGUAAAGUUCUGCAUGUCAAACGUGAAAAUAGAAAGCUUUAAAGCAGAACCCUGAAGAAAAUCUUCAUUAUCUCACAGUAGAAGAAAGUUUAAGAUAAGCAGUAAUUGUUUGAUGAAGAUGACAGUACUUUAAAAUACAGAAUUUCAAAUAAGACAAUAGAGUGAAAAAGUGAGCCACAGCAGAAAAUGACGUCACAUAAACAAUGAAAGUCCAGAAUACAGAAGCUGUAGACCAACUGCUAUAUAUCAGAAAAAACAACCCACUUAAAAACUGGCAAAAGUUUUGUGCAAGCAUUUCAGAGAAGGCAUUGGGCCAGGGGUAUGACUCAAGUCGAGUACUUGCAUUGCAUCAUGCAGAGGCUCCCACACUUCAGAAAAGUGUAAAGCGUGAAAAGUGGUACCCAACUUCACUACUGACAAUCAAAAAAUAGCAUCAAAUUGGUGGAAAUCAAAACACGAUGUAAAGAUGAGGAGAAAGAAUUCCUGUAAGUUACUUGUACGAGUCACCCUGGCACAGCUGAAGGCCGGUUUAGCACGGCUUGUGGGAACUAAAGACUUAAUGGUUACUACAGCGUAGCAGCUGAACCCCUAGGCACCUGUACUAAGCAUGUAGUAAACGUGUGCCAGUGUGGGCACAAAAGGCGCAUAGUCACAUUAUCUGUAAUAAGGUUUGGGAAUUUAGCUCAGUGGUAGAGCGCUUGCCUC